AUGGCGCCUUCUGCCAUCUCUUCAUCAGCAAUGGCCACUUCCACGCCAUCUGCAUCCAAGCGUCGUUUCAGCUCCGUAAACAAUAAUACAAAGCCCUUGGCCCAGGCCUUGAUCUCUCAGGCCUUACAGACACGCAUUAACAGCAUUGAUCCCGAUGAAUGUGAGGCUGGAGUUGAGGAUGCCUUCUUUGUCGCCGAUUUGGGUGAAGUUUAUCGCCAACAUAUGAGGUGGAAGAUAAACCUGCCACGGGUUGAACCUUUUUAUGCUGUUAAAUGUAACGGCGAUGAGAAAGUGUUGAAGCUGCUCGCAGCCUUGGGUACCGGCUUUGAUUGUGCUUCGAAGGCAGAAAUUCAACAGGUUUUGAAUAUCGGUGUUAGCCCGUCACGUAUCAUCUUUGCCAACCCAUGCAAAACCGCAUCGUACAUCCGUUAUGCAGCAGAACAUGACGUCCGAAAGAUGACUUUCGACAAUGCCGAAGAACUCUAUAAAAUUAAAAAGUUCUUUCCUCACGCACGCCUUUUUCUUCGUAUCCUCACCGACGAUUCAAAGAGUUUGUGCCGACUGAGUCUCAAGUUUGGUGCGCCGCUGGACAGUACUCGCCAUCUCUUGGAACUUGCCAAGGAGUUGAGAUUGAAUGUAAUCGGCGUCAGCUUUCAUGUGGGGUCCGGUUCAUAUGAUCCUACAGCUUUCGAGACCGCAGUCCAAGAUGCGCGACAGGUUUUCGACGAGGCCGCUGAAAUUGGGUUCGAUUUGAGGACUCUUGAUGUUGGAGGUGGAUAUGGAAAUGACAAUUUCGAGCAGAUUGCAGGUGUCCUUGGACCGGCGAUUGAUGAGUACUUCCCGUCAAGCGUUAGAGUUAUCGCAGAGCCUGGUCGUUAUUACGUAUCUUCCGCCUUCACCAUAGCGACACACGUUAUUGCUCGACGGACCGUACCAGCCGACAGCAUCACACGUGAUGCUUCAUAUAUGCUCUAUCUAAACGACGGUGUGUACGGAAAUUUCUCCGGCAUCAUGUUUGAUCACCAAAAACCUAUUCCGAAGGUGUUGAAACGAAAUGGCGAAUACUUCUUUGAGUCAAUGCCAUCUGAUUCGCAGUUGAUCAAGUACUCGGUAUGGGGACCAACCUGCGAUGGAAUUGACUGCAUUUCAGCAUCCUGCUUUUUGCCCGAGGUCUUAGAUGUUGGAGACUGGCUAUAUUUUAGCGAUAUGGGAGCAUAUUCAAAGUGCUCGGCGACUAAAUUCAACGGUUUCAGUGACGACCAUCAGGUUGUUUAUGUUGUCAGCGAUCCUGGGGCACUAGCCCUUCUAGAGUAG